AUGCGUGGCAUCUCAAACGUUUUUUUUAAUGUAGUACUUAUCUUUAACAAUGACCUCAACAUGCGUGCUGUGCUUAUCUGUGCGUUGCGUCUUCGUCAGCUAUUAGGACAAACUGCGUGUGUCAUGUGUAAGACGGACAUGCCGCGCAUCAUUUGUGUAUCGCACGAGGACGAGAGUUUUGAGUCGUUUCAAAAUUGGGGAGAUAAUAUCGGACCUAAUUACGUAUAUGACGAACCCUCGGGUAUGUUUUUCUAUCAGAAAGACUAUACAACGCAUAUUCGUAAGCUUCGAGACCCGUUGUGCAAGAUUUGUGGCAAAAAAUUCGCGACGGUGGACGCUUUGCGUACGCACGUGCUAAAUGUACACAGCUUGCAGUAUUGUAGCAUCUGUUUAACCAACAAAAAGGCGUUUCUAGAAGAAUUCGUGCUAUUUACACGAGAGCAAUUGAAAGUACACAAUACGAACGGAAGUCUUCUCGAAGGAUUUAUGGGUCAUCCAAGAUGUGAUUUCUGUUUUUCACGAUUUUAUUCGACAACAGAAUUGUACGAUCAUCUUAGGAAAAAUCAUUUUGAGUGCGAUAUUUGUCUCUACCAGCUAAAUGUGCAGAAUCGAUAUUACAAGGAUUAUAAUGACUUGGAAAAUCAUUUUCGAGCUGAUCACUACUUGUGUGAAGAGAGUGAGUGUUUGGCUAAAAAAUUUGUUGUUUUCAAAUCGCAUCUGGAUCUUCAGGCACAUAUGACUGUUGAUCAUCCGCACAUCAAGACUAGUCGGAAAAUUGACGUGCAUUUUACGAUUCGACGGGCUUCACAGGGAGACGACGCUGACUUUGAAGAUCCACGGUUGUUUGAUCAGCAGUCUCGUGGAAAUCACACAAUUAAUGUUGCUGACUUUCCGUCGCUUUCGGGAUCCGACAGUACGGCAGGAGGGCCGUCAUUCUCACUGUGGGAGAAUCAGACUGUGUCACACCGUCGUACAGCAGAAGAUUUUCCAGCGCUUGUAUCCAGCUCGUCUUCCAACCAGUCUGGUUUAGCGUUUCGAAAUGCUUUGGCGCCGCCGCCGUCAGCUGCUCUACGCGCGCACAUGGACAGCAAUGGUUGGGAAUAUGAGAAUUCAGAGCUAGCGUCAGCUGCUGCCGUCUUAGGCGCGAACAAUCCGCUAUUAAAAGCACUAAAACCUGCACGCAAACAUAAUAAAGGAAGGAAAAAGGGUCGCAAGUCGGGUGGUGGUCUCGAAGCAAAACUUGCCUGUACUGAACAUACGGUACCGGAUAACGAAUCAGAGGAAGAGAAAGACGAGUUUGUCGGUCCGAUGCCGUCAAAAACAGCCGUUGUGCUUCAAAUUCGACAGGUCUUAGGCAGUGAUGCAAAGUACGAAGUUUUUCGCGAAGAUUGCAAGCGCUUUCGUGCAGGUGAGAUCGAAGUCCCGGACUUUUACGUCAAAAUGCGCGACAUGUUUUCGCCUGCAGACUUUUCACAGCUCUUUUUACCGCUCAUGCGGCUAUCUCCUGACAAACAACAAAUCGAAGCAUUUUUUGCAUACCACAAACAUGUAAACAAGAAUCAAAGCAAGACUCAAAAAUUCCAAGGGUCUCAAUCAAAGCACAACAAAAAGCCUGCAAAGUCUCAGCAAGCGGAGAGUGCGAUCACAUCACAGCACAAGAACCAGCGUCAGCCGCCAAAGCCGUCGCCGUCUGGAUGGGGCAAUGCUAUGAAAGAAAGCGGCAUCAAGAUGGCUUCAAAUCGCAAGCCCUCUGCGAUUGUGCACAACACGAAUUUGCGUAACAUGACAGGACGAUAUACACAGCCUACAACUCAGUGGACGUCGUCUGGAAGCUGGCAGACACCACCGACUGCUACAGCUAGUGCAUCAGCGUAUCCUGCUACUCCCUCGAGUACUAAGCUUCAAACUGCCCCUACUGAAUCGUUUGCUAGUCUCAAUGUAGCUACGUCAUCGCCGGCGACUGGAUACGGUGCCGCGGCGUCAGCAUAUGCAUCCACACCGACGCCUGUGCUGCGUCACAUGAUGCCGCCACCCGCCGCAACAAGUUUUAAAACUAAUAAGAACGACUUUCCUGACUUACCUCGAGCCAGCAAACCUGUCGGCGUUCAGCCUGUAACGCGUGCGACUUGGGAUGAUCAGGUCCAGGCGAUUGCCCAAAGCCGUGUGUCAAAAACUACGAACGGAAAUCGAGAGAAUGGGAAAAGAAAGCAGAAGAAGAAAAGUAUGACGCUUCAAGAGAUGGCCAUGCAAUUUGGUUAA